CUCCCCUGUGCAUUCAUAAUUCAGGCCGUUCAGCUGUGUCAGUGAAGACAUCCCUGAGUAAAAAUCCAAUCAGAUGAUGCUGUGUGCGAGGCUGUGUGUGUUGGCCCUGGCUGGGCUGGUCCACGGUGGGCCGUACGACAGAAGCUCCUCCGCUCAGUGGGACCUGCACGACAGGCGUCCCUUCGUUCGUGCAGGUCAGGAUAAACGUGCCUCCGAUCAACAGCUUCACCUGGACCCUGAGGUCAACAUGAACAUUUCGGAGAUCAUCCGUCGAUGGGGUUACCCAGCAGAGGAACACAACGUGGUGACAGAGGACGGCUACAUCCUGUCUGUGAACAGGAUCCCACACGGAGUCAAACUCACCACUGCAGGUCCUAAGCCGGUGGUCUUCCUCCAGCACGGCCUCCUGGCUGCAGGCAGCAACUGGAUAACCAACCCGCCCAACAGCAGCCUCGGCUAUGUGCUGGCUGAUGCCGGGUACGACGUGUGGCUGGGGAACAGCAGAGGAAACACCUGGUCCAGGAGGCACGCCUCACUCAAACCCGACUCCGCCGACUUCUGGGAGUUUAGUUUUGAUGAGAUGGCCCAGAAGGAUCUGCCAGCAGUAGUUGACUACAUCCUGAAGACGACAGGCCAGGAGCAGAUCUUCUACAUGGGACACUCCCAGGGCACCACUAUCGCCUUCGUUGCGUUCUCCACCAUGCCAGAGCUGGCCAGUAAGAUCAAGCUGUUCAUUGGUCUGGCUCCUGUUGCCACCGUGGCCUUCACCAACAGUCCCAUGACCAAACUAUCUGUCUUGCCUGACAUUUUGAUAUGGGACCUGUUUGGCAGGAAGGACUUCUUUCCUCAGAGCUACAUGAUCAAAUGGUUUGCGGAGCACUUCUGCAGUAAGGAGCUGCUGGACCAUCUCUGUGGAAACAUCUUCUUCGUCCUCUGUGGCUUCGAUGAGAAAAACCUCAACAUGACUCGGACUCCUGUCUACACCACACACUGUCCUGCUGGUACCUCAGUACAGAACAUGAUUCACUGGGCUCAGGCAGUACAUAGUGGCAAACUGAUGGCCUACGACUAUGGCUCUGCUGCUGGCAACAUGGCCCACUAUAACCAGUCCACUCCUCCCCUGUAUAACGUAAAGGACAUGAAGGUUCCUACGGCUCUGUUUUCUGGGGGCCAGGAUACGUUGGCGGACCCGAAGGAUGUAGCCAUCCUCCUCACCCAGGUAUCCAACCUGGUCUUCCAUAAGCACGUUGAGCACUGGGAACAUCUGGACUUCAUCUGGGGUCUGGACGCCCCUCAAGAGAUGUUUCCAGACGUACUGAAACUACUGGAGAAACACCGCUAGAAUGUUUUAUCUGUUGUGUGUGUGUGUGUGUGUGUGUGUGUGUGUGUGUGUGUACGUGGUUUUAAAAAAUGAGUGAAAACAGAAGGAUGAAAAGAGUGGGAAAUACUGCUUUUACAUGGUUUUAAUUGUGUGUGUGUGUGUGUGUGUGUGUGUGUGUGUGUGUGUGUGUGUGUGAGGGUGGGUGUACAGGUGUAAUGAAUAACUUUUAUUUCUGUCUGGAAGGAACAAUAACCACAUGAUGAUUCCUCACUAGUGAGUGUAGUGAGGAAACGGCACUGAUACCGAUUUUAUUUGUUUUAAGGAAUCAUGUUUCUUUUGUUGUUGUUUUUUUGUUACCAGUGUGUUCUGGAAACUUGAAUGACAUCCAUCUUGACGCUUCAAAGAUUCCACUUGGCCGGGUCCACCCUGGUCUAACCCGGGCCAGCUAGCCAUUUGGCUAGUCAGCUGGUUUGUCUGCAAUAUGCACUUUGUCCUCUCAUGGUCACAGUGGUACUGUUUUGCCUUUUGAGUGCCUUAAAAUGGCUAACAUAAGAUACACUGUUUUAUUUUCUAGUCCUGCUUUACUUGACUAUAGCUGGCUAGUCAAUGAAGGCACAAACCAAAUCAUCACCAAUUCAUAAGAGGUGCCCAAGGGCAGGGACACAACUGUUUAACAUACUCCUCCAUUUGUUUUAAGAGCUCCAUGGAACAUCCCCGUUCAGUCUGCUAUGUGUACGCCUUUCCUGUCAAACGCAGGUUUGGCUGAACGGGAUGUUCAUGUUCAGUCUGCUGUGUGUACACCUUUCCUGUCAAAUGCAGGUUUGGGUGAAUGGGUUGUUCACGUUGAAACGUGUUUGGUCCUUGUGGCCACCUUAAUCGGUCAAAGGGCAGAUCAUUGUUACAACAAGCUCCAUGCCUUGGAUCCAAAACGAGUUUCCAAAGAUCUACCUAAGAGAUAGAAACAUAAUAUUUCUCGUGUUUUAUGUUGUUUUCCACAGAUGGGAAAAUGUGGAUUCACCCACAGUCUUUUACAAAUUAAAAACUUUUUACAUGUUAAUGUUUUAAUGGCAAGUGCGAGACUUUUUUUUUUCCAGUGGGAAUGAAAAGAUCAAGAAACUCAUUUGUGAUGUCUUCUGAAAAACCCUACGGUCAUAGACAAAUGAAAUCCAAACUUUAAUCAAUAAAUCUUUAGCUAGUUUGACUUUUAUGAACAUACAUUAUCACUUUAUAUCAGUAUCAUUAGGUGUGAGCGCUACAGAUAUAAUGUUCGUUUAUUUUUUCCCCUCCUUGUUAAAAUGGCGUUAUGAAGCUGGAUCAGUAUUGAAUCAAGUUAAAACAUCUUUCCUGGGUGAGGAUUUGGUUUCCUACGUAAGGAUUCCUGUGUCAGUAAAACAACGUGGACUGUGUACUACUCUAUGUCUGUGCCUUUUACAAAUUGCGGAAAAAAAUGAACCUUUUUCUGUCAUGAUUUGAUCUUAAUGUUUUCCUUACUAUGUAUAAUGACAUAUGCUAAUGUGAUUAAGGUCCACUGUGUUGUGUAGAGGGAUGGACUACAUUGUGAUGGUGGACGUACGGGGCAGGAAGCAGGAGGGUAGGGCACAGUGAUGUGGAGAGCACAGUGAGUGUAUUCAUGCGUGUUCCUAAUACUAGCUGCUAGCUCCUAUCCUGAUCUUAAUAAGAAUAAACUGUUUACAGCAUUUGAUCAUGUCACUGAUUCUUUAUGCAUCAAUAAACUGAGC